GCAACCCCGCGCGCGUUUCCCCGGCCCCCUCCCCCUCGGAUGUGGCUCGAGCUGAAGGCGCGCAGGGCCUGAGACGCUGUAGACGCGGGACCCGGAGCUGCACGGAGGCGGUGGAGUCGGUGUCUUUCCUUCUCUCCAGCGAUCACUCGGAGUAAUAGCUCUUCAAGUCUGCAAUAAAAAAUGGCCUCCAAUAAAACUACAUUGCAAAAAAUGGGAAAGAAACAGAAUGGAAAGAGUAAAAAAGUUGAAGAGGCAGAACCUGAAGAAUUUGUAGUGGAAAAAGUAUUGGACCGACGUGUAGUGAAUGGGAAGGUGGAGUAUUUCCUGAAGUGGAAGGGAUUCACAGAUGCUGACAAUACUUGGGAACCUGAAGAGAAUUUAGAUUGUCCAGAGUUAAUUGAAGCAUUUCUUAAUUCUCAAAAAGCUGGUAAAGAAAAAGAUGGUACAAAAAGAAAGUCUUUAUCUGACAGUGAAUCUGAUGAUAGCAAAUCAAAGAAGAAAAGAGAUGCUGCUGAUAAACCAAGAGGCUUUGCCAGAGGUCUUGAUCCUGAACGAAUAAUUGGUGCCACAGACAGCAGUGGAGAGUUAAUGUUUCUCAUGAAAUGGAAAGAUUCAGAUGAGGCGGAUUUGGUGCUGGCAAAAGAGGCAAAUAUGAAGUGUCCUCAAAUUGUAAUUGCUUUUUAUGAAGAGAGACUAACUUGGCAUUCUUGUCCAGAAGAUGAAGCCCAAUAAUUAUUUGCAUUGCUUUUUAUAUAUAUUUAUAUAUAUAUAUAAAAUCUGGAUCUUGUUUGUUUUUUUUUCCGAUUUAUUAGUGUGAAGAAAGAACUACAUUCUAAUGAAAAUCAAGUUUGAUAUGUUUGUUUUGAAGUAGUACUGGGGGAGUUGUUGGGGGGGGGUUGCAUCUAUAGCACUGGUUACUUUGAACAAAAGCUUUCUGUAGUUGCUUCCUUUAUCGGAAAAGAACAUUUGAUACCAUGGUGUAUUUUAUCCUCCGCAUUAGAGAAAAGCUUUUCUGAAUGUUGGGGGAAAUCUCCAUAGUCAUUACUCAGUCAGAAUUUGUGUUUAACUCAUAUAUACCUAAGGAUCAUUGUGGGUUUUUUGUUUAUGGGGGGUGAGGGGUCGGGGGUGUUGGUGUGUAUACAUAUGUAAAUGGUUUCCCUUUUUUUUUUUUUUUAACCAAAACAAAACAGCUUUUCACAACCAUAGAUAAGUUCCUGUUUCUGGGCUGCCAUCAUUUUCAGCAACCUAAGAAAUAAAUCACUUGAAGUUAGAUUGAAAUUUUUCCUGAAGCUUUAACCUUUGAAAUUAGAUAAUUUAUUAGUUCGGCAAUUUAAAUAUAACAUAAGCAUUUUAAAUUGGACUAUUUCAAAGUAGCUAUAUCAGUAUCCAUAUCUACAAUCAUAAAUGCAAGUUUAUUUGCAAAACCCCUGAAAGGAACAUUUUAUCACUACCAGCCUUCCCACUUGAAUGAGAAAACUAGGCAAACUCGUGUUUUAAUUAGGCAAGCAACAUUUGUUUAAAGGUUUCACCUAGUAAACUAUUCCUUCACAAGAAGUUGAAAUCCCUGUGCUAUAUUGACUGAAAAGUUAUGAUCAUGGAAUGUGUAAGACUUAAUUCGUGGAAACCUAAUCAGAUUGUUAGAGACCUUGGCAAUUUAGGACCUGCUGGGAUAAAUGGGUGAAGAAAUUUUUGUAAUCUGAACUCGACCUGCAUGUUUUCUCUUUACUCCAACUCAUUCCUUACAUGUAGGUUCAGUCUGAGUGUCUGGGUUACUGGUUCAGCAGAAGCCAGGAAAAAAAUAGCUUUGUAGUAAACAGGAUAUGUUACCCAACUGUAUAUUGUUUACUUUAUUGUAAAUACUGGUGAACAGUGGUCAAUAAAAUAGUUUUAUAUUC